UGCGUUGAUUCGUUUUUCUUCCCAGUGCUACAAGACAUGUACUAUGUUUGCGAUCGUAUUCUACAGUUUUAUUGUUGUGAUUCUCGAGCAACGCAAUCGCUAUAGGGGGGUUAGCUUCACUGUUUCUCGUUUUAUGAGCGGGUUCCGAUCGUUUUCAGACUGAUUCUUGACCACAGAGUCAUAGAGCACUGGCAGUAACAACAACAACAACUUUAUUGCGACAUGAUGAAUGGCCAUGAAUGUUUCAUCGCCAGGGGGAUACUCUUCCCCAUUGCAGGCGGCGAUGCGGGGACUGAAAUAAUGAGCCCUUUCACAAUAACGCUUGUGGGAACCACAACUUGUGUUGCGCGCCCCGAGGGGGCGUUGCUUACUGUGAUAUGCUGAUAGCAUUGCGGGGGGCGAGGAAAAAAUGGGAUAAAAAGCGGACCAUGGAGCUCGUCAGGGAGAGCUGCGUUGUCUGGCAGUCGCCUGGGGCAUCCUGAACGAAGGCACACACAGCAAUGAAGAUUGUCUCGUUGCUCCUGUGUAUCUCUCUUGCCAUUGAUGCCAACGCCGACGCCAAAAUCGACGAAUCGAACAGAUAUGUGGACAAAUUACUCCAGCAAACCAUCCCACAAGGAGGCGGAGUGUUAGGAGGGUCGCGUCUCGAUGGAUUCCGGAUCAAGAUCGACAAGAAAUCAAGUCUUAUGAUUGGCACUAAAGGACAUAUCCUAAUUAAUACACUGAAGGAGGUGGAAGUGAAUAUGAACGACGGCAUCGUCAGCGGUCUUCACGGACUCAAAAGGCUGGGAGACUGUUCACCACCCAUGUGGCAACUUGGCAGUGUUGUCGUGUCCUGCUACGUUUCCCUGAACGGCGUUACAGCCAACUACAGAGGAAAAAUCGCACGCAAGAAAAAAGUGUCAUUUUUACCCACCAGUUCCCAUGAGGAUGAAAUCACAGCUGAAGCUGUUAUGAUGGACGCCAAGGCUUUCAUCGAGGUGUCCGGAGCACCAGAUGGUCAACCGACCGUGUCUUCCUGGAGUGUGAUGCCUUACCACCUCGACAUGAGCUACUCCAAAUCCUAUGAGGAUGUGUACUCUGCUCUGAAACGCAAGCUUCGGAAACAAUUGGAAGAACACAUCAGGGAAAGACUUGACAGCUUCCUCUACGGUCAACUGAAGCGUGGCCUUGAAACCGCUGUUCGGGUUGAUCCCCUGCCGAUGCCCUCAAGCACGUAAGACUUCAAAAACCCAGAGGUGCGAAUAAAAUAUCUAACA